AUGGCCAAACGACGCGUCGGCUCCAACUUUCCCGACGCUCCCAGCCGCUCCAAGAAACUCAAGCACAGCGCCCCUCCCCCGCCAAAACACCCCAAGAACAAGACCGCCUCGAAGCAGAAGCAGCAGAAGCAGCAGAAGCACCAGCAGCAGCACCAGAACCAGAAGCCCGUCCUGCCCUUUCGUCCCCAUGACGCCAUCCUCCUCGUCGGCGAGGGCGACCUCGGUUUCGCCGCCAGCCUCGCCGCGCACCACGGCUGCACCAACCUGACGGCCACGGUGCUCGAGAAGAACGAGGCCGAGCUGCUGGAGAAAUACCCCCACCCCAGCGAGCACAUUGCCAAGAUUCUCGCGCCCAACACGGCCCAGCCUCUCUCCGACAGCGACAACAACAACAACAACAACAACAACGGCUCCGAAGGCGAAGACGAAGAAGACUACGACAGCGACGGCAACCCCCUCCCCGCGGCCCCCCAACCACCGCCGACGACGAACCGCAUCCUCUACAACACGGACGCCACGGCCCUGCGCCCCUUCACCGCAAAGGUCGACCACGGCCCGCGCACCCUCCUCGCCGGCAAGGUCGGCGCCUUUGCGCACAUUGUCUUCAACUUCCCCCACGUCGGCGGCCGCUCGACGGACCAGAACCGCCAGGUCCGCCACAACCAGGCCCUGCUCGUCGCCUUCUUCGCGCGCGCCCUGCCGAGCCUCGCCCCCGGCGGCCGCGUCACCGUCACGCUGUUCGAGGGCGAGCCCUACACGCUGUGGAACGUCAGGGACCUGGCGCGCCACGCCGGGCUCGACGCCAGGGGCGGCGCGCGGAGAGGCGAGCACGGAGACGAGGGCGGCGCCCAGCAGCAGGAGCAGGAGCAGGAGGAGGGGGAGGGGGAGGGGGAGGGAGACGAGGAAGAGGAGGACGGCAGGGAGGGCCGAGGGCCGCUGCAGGCGCGUCGCAAGGGCGAGAGCAAGACGGCGUGGAAGGGCGAGGAGAGGGCCGCGAGGAGUUUUGUCUUCAAGAGGAAGGAGGAGGCUGCCGGGGACGCUGCGGGCAAGAACAAGAACAAGCAGAAGCAGAAGCCUGAGGCUGAAGCUGGCGGGAAGAAGAAGAGGCACAAGAUUGAUGUCUCCGAUUCGGAUUCCGACUCUGACGAAUAA